AUGGUCAUUGAAAAAGAGACAAGGAUUCGAGAAGUGAUGAAAAUUAUGGGACUCUCGAACUUUACACUAUUGUGUUCAUGGUGUCUAACGACAGCGAUUCUCGCUACGCCGCUUGCCUUUGUCAUUGCUGCGGAAUUAAAGUUUGGACAGGUUUUUCCCAUGACAGAAUAUGCAACGUUGGUGUUUCUAUUCUGGACGCUAAGCUUGUCAAUUGUGAGCUUUUGUUACUUUAUCACACCAUUUUUUAACAAGUCCAGGGCUGCGUCAAUUGCAUCAAUACUGCUAUGGCUGGUAUUGUUCUUUCCUUUUUUUUAUGUCAUGUCCAAGUCCAAUUCGAUCAAGUAUCUUGGCGCACUCGCACCUCCCACUGCCUUUGCACUCGGUAUUGAUGACUUGGUGCGUCGCGCCCAACUGGGUAGAGGACUAGCGUACGUGCUAGGAAUUAUAGAAUCUCCCGUUGAUGUGCCGUCAGCACAUGUCAUGAGCUGGUUUCUCAUUUUGGACUCGUUUAUUCUAGUCAACCUUGGCUGGUACUUUGACAAUAUACUUCCUCAAGAAUUUGGCGUUCGUAAGCCGUGGAACUUUCUCUUUGUGAAGGAUUAUUGGCUUCCGUCGAGGUUGAGUACCGUGGACAAGGAAGUUUAUAUGUUGGAAUCUCCCAAUACAGCCUCGUUACCUCAGACUUAUUAUUCAGUUGCAUCACCACAGGAGGCGAAACGGCUGCAUCAGACUUCAUUUGACGGAUCUGUCGUGAUGAUGAAGGAUGGUUCUGAACUCGCGGCGUCAGUGGAGCCUGUCAGUACCACACUAUUAGCACAAGAACGUAACGGAACUUGUCUUCAGAUUCGGGGCCUUCGUAAGGAGUUCCCGUCAGGUGAUGGAAACGUUAAUGUAGCAGUGCACGGACUUAACCUUACUCUGUACGCCGGGCAGAUAUCUGCUCUGUUGGGCCACAAUGGCGCAGGAAAGACAACUACAAUUUCGAUGUUGACGGGCCUUAUACCACCCACAGCGGGUGAUGCAACACUCUAUGGCCGUUCAAUUCAGGAAAACUGUAACGAGCUUCGCCAGAUUAUGGGUAUUUGUCCGCAGCAUGAUGUGUUGUUCAACGAGUUGACUGUUGAAGAGCAUUUGCUGCUAUUUGGAACGAUGAAGCAAGUCCCGCACGGUAAACUGAAAGACGAAGUGGAGCGAAUGAUACGAGAAGUGGGUUUGGUAGAGAAACGAAAGGUUGUUGCGAGGGAUUUGUCGGGUGGGCAAAAGCGCAAGCUGAGUGUUGCGCUAGCGUUCAUAGGUGAUAGCAAGCUGAUCUUUUUGGACGAGCCUACUUCCGGUAUGGACCCGUACUCUCGUCGGUUUACGUGGAAUUUGCUGCAACGAAACCGUGACGACCGAGUCAUUGUUCUCACCACACACUUUAUGGAUGAAGCUGACAUUUUGGGUGAUCGCAUUGCGAUUAUGGCAGACGGUCGGCUGUGUUGCGCUGGAAGUUCGCUGUUUUUGAAAAACCGUUAUGGUUCAGGAUAUAAUCUGACCAUGAUCAAAGCACCCGGUUGUAAUAUUGAGGUUGUGGGCAAGUUUUUGCGUAACAUUAUUCCUGAGGCGAAAUGCUUGAGUAACUUUGGUUCAGAAGUAGUGUUCCAGCUUCCGUCAACAUCAGCAGGGGUAUUUUCGACAAUGCUACAAGCCCUUGACGAUAAAAUGCACAGCAUGCAUAUUGUUCAGUAUGGUAUGUCAGUGACAACUCUUGAGGAAGUUUUUUUGCGCAUUUCGCGGGAUCGAGAAGAACAAGUUGUCAUGGGCGCUGUUGCCUGCGAUGUGGACGCCGUGGAUCAAAUUCGCAAGACAUCAGCAACCUCAAUGAAUUCACGCGGCUCGCUGGCAGGUCCAGUGUCGGCAAAUAGUCCUACUCAAGUGACGCUGUGGAGCCAAUACACUGCGCUAUUGACAAAACGUUUGCGAAUCGCAAAGAGGGAUAAGAAAAACCUCUUGAAUGCUCUGUACGUGCCGCUUCUUUUUCUUCUGAUCUUGGUCUCGCUUCCUGAGAUUGAUAUCGCGAGUUUUAUAUCUACCGAUGACUACGCAUCAGAACUUGCGUCGUUAUCUCGACAAAGACAGUGUUCAAACGCAAACUUUUCGCUAGUAUCAGUUCCAAGUACUUGUGACAUCUUGUCUUUUAACUACUGCAACCUCGGCGUGAUUGAUUGCAGUGCUUCGACAUGCUGUGAUAAGACGAAUGUCGAGUCUCCGUACUAUGCAUGCAACAUGUGUGAAGGAACUUCCUCGUCUAGCCCAAUAACUCCGUGCUACAGCAAGUAUUGCCUCGAUCAAGAUGGUGCAACACUCCAGGUUACUUUAAAUGCUUUUUUGACUUCCGUUGUGGUCAUGCUAGCAUUUGCGUUCGUUCCAGCAGCGAUUGUAGCAUUUGUUGUGCGCGAGAAAAACCCGAACCAGAACGCAAAAAAGCUUGCAGCUGAUUUCUGGUGCAAACUUAUUGCCUCCAUGAUAUUGGUGCCCUUGUCUGAUCGAACGCUACAAAGCUCCGAGGAGGUAUGGGGUGUUGUGGCUCUCGUCGCUUCGCAUGCUCUGGCUGUAGUCCCAAUGGCAUAUUUGUUCUCCUUCAGGUUCAAGAAGCAUGCUAUAGCACAGACAUCGCUAUUAGUAUUUGCGCUCUGCACAGGCGGUUUACUGAGCAUCUUUUCCUUCAUGUGCCGACUCAUCGACUUUGACAUGACCCCAGGCAACACUUCCGACCAAUUGACUCUUUCUUCGCUUGAUAGAAACUAUCUACGAUGGAUUUUCCUAAUUUUCCCAGGAUACAGUCUGAAUAACGGCAUUUACGAGAUUGCCACACGGAAACUGAGCCGAAAACCACUGUACGGUAGCAGCAACGAGACAUUCGCCCCGCCUUCCUUCUUUGGCCUCUGGGAAGGCCUUGACACAAACUACACCUGUACUUCUUGCUGGGAUGCAGCGCUCGGUGAGGAUUGUUGCGUGCGCAACGUUUUCGAUCUGGAUGUAGCUGGAGCCCCUAUCGCGUACGCGGUGGUCGAGAUCGUGCUUUUUAUGCUGUUGUUGUUUAUUAUCGAGAACCGUAGUUUAUCAUGGCACUCUGAGACACGACAGCAGUUGUCUCGUAAUGAGGAUGAUGACGUGGCCAGGGAACGCCAAAAAGUAGAGCAAUCUUACCCCACCCACAACGACAGCGUAUUCAUCCGUAACCUGCGUCAACAAUAUGGACGCAAAGGCAAGCUUGCGCUGGAUGAUUUGUGUCUUUCCAUUGCAAAGGGGGAAUGCUUUGGUUAUCUCGGCAUUAACGGAGCUGGCAAGUCGACGACGAUGAAGGUUCUGACUGGGGAGAUUGCACCGACCAACGGUUUCGUGACCUUGGCAGGCUACGAUUUGUCUCGUGACUGCGAUAAAGCGCGCAGAGUGGUUGGAUAUUGCCCUCAGUUUGACUCGUUACAUGACUUGUUAACCGUAGAAGAGCAGCUUGAGCUGUACGCCCGGCUCAAAGGAAUCCCGCGUGGCCGUGUACAGAAGGUCGUUGACGAAAAGAUCGAGGAAGUCGGACUGUUUGAGUACCGGACCAAGCUGACGCAGGGACUUAGUGGGGGCAACAAGCGCAAACUAUCAACAGCCAUCGCCUUGAUUGGCUCUCCAAAGAUUAUCUUCUUGGACGAGCCUACGACGGGAGUAGAUCCAAGCUCUCGAAGGAAAAUGUGGGAUGUUAUUGCCAGCGUGUGUGCAGCCAAAGAGUCUUGUGUCAUCCUUACGACACAUAGCAUGGAGGAGUGUGAAGCACUCUGCACACGUGUGGGUAUAUUGGUGAGUGGGAAACUGAAAUGUCUGGGAAGCGUUGAGCAUCUGAAGCAGAAGUUUGGCCGAGGAUACGUUGUAGAGGUGAAGAUGCGCGAACCCAACACGUCUGCUGUAGGAAGAUUGCAGCAAGAAGUGUAUAGAAUCCUAGGGAGCAAUAGCUCUGGGAUCGUACGAGAUCAAGUUGACAGUCUGUGUUCGUCUCUAGGUGUGCCGAACCGUGCUCAAGCGAUUGUGGACGGCGAAAGAAAUGGUAGCGUGCUCAACAGCUACCUUGAAACGUCUGGCAUCAUUCCCAUUGACGUCUUCUGCGCAUGGUGGCAAUCCGAGAACAUGGGCGUUGCGCUGCAAGAGUUUUUUCAUUCCAAUUUCCUCGGUUGCGAGCUCAUUGAGCAUCAAGUUAGCCACUUUCGUUUCCAAGUACCCAAGCAAUCAUUGCGGCCUUACGUAAUCUUUGGUCUUCUUGAGGAAAACAAGGAACAACUGGAAAUUGAUGAAUAUGGUGUGAGUGCAUCAUCAUUAGAACACAUUUUCAAUACGAUGGCUGCCCAGCAAGAAUAUGAACACCUGCAGAGGCAGCACUAG